AUGGAUCAAACUAUGGUAGAAAACAUUACAGAUCAACUGCUGAAAAGAUCAGAAGAUGCUAUAUGGCAGUUGGAGCGUUGGAUUCAAAAACAAGAAGAUCAAGUAAAUAAAUAUAACAACAUCACCGAUGAUUCAAUGCGUUGUGCUAAAGAAAAACAACAACAAUAUUAUGACCAAUUGAAAUCUUUACGAAGAAGAUCUUUAUACUUGAAACAUUGUAUUCAUGCAGGUCCUAGGAAUAGCAUUAUAUCUAACAAGAAUAAUAAUAUACAAUACCCACAACAACAAAUGAAAAGGUAUCCACUUGAAGAUAAAGAUUCUUUCAACAAGAAGAGUAAGCAAAAUCAUAAUAAUAACAGGAAUAGUGUCCACAGCCUUAAUAGCAUGCAAGAUGAUAUAUCAUACAUGGAAAAUUUAGUAUUCGAAUUUAAAGAUUUGACUUUAAAAUUAAAUGAAUUGGCACAAGCAAGAAAAAAUGACAUAACUUCCCACUCAUACAAGAGAUCUUCUUCACGAUCUCCUUCAGAUUCUUCAUCGGAUUCCUCUAACUAUAACGAUUCUUUGGAAUUGAAGCCUUUGAGAAUUCUGUCAAGAAGAAAUAUUCAACUUAAGCCCUCACUUCCGAAUAAAACAACUAAUAAUAUUCCCACGGUAGCACCCUCAUUAUUACCUGUCCCUUUUCCACCAGCCGAUGUAUUGAUUGGUUCCACCCCGAAGAAGCUACAAUUGAUAGCGUCUUCCCUGCCUAAUUCUCCCAUUCAUUUAAAUAUGGACAGGGGUCAACCCUUAUUAAAAACGGAAUCACCCGAGAAAAGAUUGAGAUCAGUUGAAUCGCAUCAUAGUAUAUCAAAUAAUACCAUUUCAGGGAGCAACAUGGAUAGAAAAGAACAAGUAGAUGGGUUUUUCAAGAAAAAUAAUAGAUUGUCCCUAGCUGUGUUUGAAAAUAUGAAAAUUAUACAAGAAACAAAAAAUAACCAAAAUCAGACUCAUAAUAUUAUAUAUUCCGAUGAUGAACUAGACUAUAUUAAUGAUAAUGAAUAUUUUGAAGGCGCCAAUCGUGAUCAUGAGGACGAACUAGACCAAGAUACUUUACUUUUACCAUAUGAUAUGGUGUCUAAUAGAUGUCCAAAGACACCUAUAUUCAACUCCCGUUUUGAUAAAGUUCCACCAUUACAAAGGUCAAAUUCUCAUGAUAGUAUCUUUUCGAAAAAGACUACAAAAAAGCCAUUUAUCUUUUAUCAUUUUUAUGCGGAUAAGACUUCUUCUUUUAUUACAAAUGGGAAUAAAUCAAUAACUGAAUCGAUUAAGACCACUUUAAAUGACACCGUGGUGGUCACACAGCCAACUUUCAUUAAACCAUCUUCCAACUCAAAUGAAACAAGUUCAAAGACCUUAUUAUCUAAUAUUAUUAAUUCAGAAAGAUCACGGUCUCUAACCCCUACUAACUCAAAUAGCAUGUUUUCUAAUUGGAACCUUUUUGGAAAGAAAUUCCAAUCAAACAUUGUUUCCGAGACGGGUGUUUGUAAUCCACGAAAAGGAACAUCAAGGAUCAAAACUUGUAUAAGAAGACCAUCAAAUGCUAGUUCAGUCGUAGUCUCCUCCGUUGUUAAACAUGAUAAGGUUAAAAUCAAGAAGCUAUCUCCCUCAAAGAAACCAAUUCUCGAUACAGAUAUAAAACAAAAAGAUCUUCAAGACGCACUUAAUACGGAAAUAUUAUUAUAA